GGUGCGACGGCUCACUGUGCCACAGUAGUCACUGGUAGUCACACUACGACUGUCGAACGUGUCGGACGAAUUUUUCCUCAUUUUUCAUAUUUUUUUUUUUUCUCUCUCAAUUUUAAAUUCCACUGGACUGGAUAUCAUUCAACCGUGGUAAUCACGAUCACCAGGAUCCAACGAAUUGACCAACCAAUUGAUUUGGAUAUCGUGCGAUUAACCAGUGAGAACCCGAAUUGUUGGUGAUUCUGUCAAAAUUUUUGGUGUUUUUGUGGCUCUCAAUCACUCCAGACGAUUGUUGGAGCAAUUUGGAUGUUUGGAGUUUGGGUGGGUUAAUGGUGUGAUACACAACACGGAAUUUUGACAAUUGUCAAUACCUGGUUACAGCUGGAUUGUGAAUGGUGGUGAGUGUUGGAUUGCAAGUGUAUGGUAUAUAUGGUAACUAUCGGUGUAUGGACACGCUGAGAUGCCGUGAUUGCGCGGAUUGCAGACUCAGGGAUAGCUAGAGAAGGUGGCAUAGUGCCCAGUGACUGGACGUCACGAUGCGCACAUUGCUGUUCCUGAGAUUGGCGUUGACAGUGGGAGUGUCUGCACUACUUGUCAAUGCAACAACCACAACAGGCAGCAAUGUUAUCAACAAACUAGACAGCACAGAGCGUGAACAAGCGACAGCGAAUCUCGAAGCGAGUUUAUUGUCACUCCUUGGCUUCACCAAGAGGCCCAAGCCCUCCUCCAAAGUUCACGUACCUGAAUCAUUGUGGCAGCUCUACAAUAAACAAAAUACAAUUAAAAUGGCGAACAUCGCCAGGCGUGGAAUACACGCGAGGUCGGCGAACACAGUGCGAUCAUUCAAUCACAUUGAGACUCCAGUGGAUGACAAGUUCCAGUCACCAAACAAAUUUCGCUUAUCAUUCGACGUGACAAGCGUUCCCUUGGAGGAGAGCCUCAAAGCCUCGGAGCUCCGGCUAUCCAGGACAGCCCUUCCCCCCGCAACCGACAAAUCCAGGCACCUGGCAAGGAUAUUAGUCCACGACAUAGUCCGUCCAGGAUUGAAGGGCCGCAGUAAACCCAUGCUGAGACUGAUCGACAGUAAGACAAUCGAUACACGAAGCAACAGUACGAUAAAUCUCGAUGUCCAACCAGCUGUCUCCCGAUGGCUGGCAGAACGUCGGGAAAAUCACGGCCUCCUGGUGCAGGUGAUCGGUGAAAAUCUCAAGAAAGAUCCCCACGUCCGACUGAAACGCUCCACCGAGUCCCCCGACAUCUGGCCAUCAAUGAGCCCAACAUUGUACACAUACACCGACGAUGGACGCAACAAAAUGGCGUCCGCCAAAGAGAUGAUGGAGAGACGUGUGAAACGAGCUGCCAGUGGGAAAAAACGUCGCAAAGACGGACGAGAAAAUUGCCGACGAUAUCCCCUCUACGUUGACUUUGUUGAUGUUGGAUGGAAUGACUGGAUAGUAGCACCACCCGGCUACGACGCCUUCUACUGUCACGGCGACUGUCCAUUUCCCCUGUCUGAUCAUCUCAAUUCAACGAAUCACGCAAUUGUCCAGAAUCUCGUCUACUCGGCGAAUCCAUCCCUGGUACCCAAAGCCUGUUGUGUACCGACAGCUCUCAGCUCCAUCUCCAUGCUGUACCUCGACGAGGAGAACAAGGUCGUCCUCAAGAAUUAUCAGGACAUGGCGGUCAUCGGAUGUGGCUGUCGUUGAUCCUCGAAGGACAGUUAUCGGGGCUAAUCGCUUCUCCUCCGAUGACGCGAUAGAAAAAUGCAGGUGAUCCUGAGUUUUCAAUGAUUUCGAAUGACUGUAUUAAUGAAAUCAUCGGUUUUGUGAUGUGAAGUCAUUUAUCCAAGGUGACGAGUGCCUCCAGUGGGUGGGGCGUCGACGAGAAUGAAGAUGAGUUCUCCAGCAGCGUGACACCACGUCUAGUGUUAUUAGCCCCCGCCGGCGAAAAAAACAACCAAACAGUGGGUGGACGAAGGGGGUGGUAAGGGGUGGAAGGGUGAGAGGAAUCCUCACCAAUGAUUUGUUCUGCCCCUGUGGUUCCGGACUCUAAUGGACGAUUUAAUGACGCAGACUCGAAUGGAUUGGAAUGGGGUACAGGUGGGGAUUUAAUUGUGCCGACGGUGUUCUGCCCUCAAGUCCCUCCUCAGUUCAACCCCCACCAACUUUACCUCUUUCAAUAUAUAUAUAUGUGUGUAUAUAUGUACAUAUACAUAUAUAUAUAUUUUUUCUACCGCAUCCUCUCUUGUUUCCACUUGACCAGAGCUGAUCGGGCCCUCACAGAUGUCUUUCUUCGUCAACGCUCGUUAGAAGUAUCCAACAGCGUUGUGAAGUGGACAAAAUAAAAAGAUAUAUUUUAAAAAUAAUGUUUUAAAAUAAAGGAUAGAGAACUGAGUGCGUGACGCUGCCGCAUUCUCGACAGCUUCAGUAAUUAACAAACUCGACGGCCUAUGGGGAUAUAUAUUCCAUGGAGACGUUGGAGCUUGGAACGUUGGGUUUUAUCGUUACAUACGUUAUGUACAUGUGUGAACUGGACUCGGGGCAAACUCAUGUACACUAUUCGCCUUCUCCAACAAGGCUGGAAGAAUCGGUGAGCGCGAUAGGCUAAAACCCGAACCUCCUUGAUUCUUUAUUUUUUUAUGAUACUUUUUUUUUUAUCUUCCAAGUCUCUCUCCCCACCAACGGCAUGUUGGUACGUACGUCUAUCGUGCGCUCACGAGCUGCUCGCACUCGCGCACGUAUAUAUAAUUUAUUAAUAAGGCUGUAGAGAAAACCGGUAUCAGAUUUACCACCGGCAGCAUCCGCAGGUGCCACUUGUGUGUGUCUCCGUAGCAACCGAUUUGAAAUACCGAAAAAAAAAAAAAAAAAAGAGGACUCGGAGAAUGUUUCAAGCGUUGUGCAUAGAGAUGUGCAAAAAUUUUAUGACAUGUCACAGGACAGAUUUUAUUUAUGAGAAUUUUUUGUAACGCGACCGGUUAAUGAGGAUAUUAUCAGUGGGAAUUGUUUUUUGAGUUGAAAAUUUUCGAUUACGAAUCAGUUGUGACCUUUUUUCGAAGAUGCGUCUUAUGUAAUCGGUGAAUUGGGUGUAAAUACCAGUAAAAAUGGCACAUCACUAGACGGUUCACGAUGACUUCUCAAUUUUGAUACAUUUUUUGAGAGAAGCUGUGGGGGAAGUCUCAGGGUGUCAUAUGACGAUCAUAAAUUUCUCGUGAAAUGAAAAAAUGUGAUGGUCAUUUCUACGUCACUGGUUAUUCAUUGAUAUGUCGGUUUGAUGAUGGAUGAGAUUUGGUAUUUUGAGCUUUUGACGAUUUGGAGAAAAUUCCAAUGAUUGUGGUACGCGUGUUGGUGCAUGCUUGGACGACAGGUGUUCUGGGGAAUGAAUUCUUGAUGAUGAGGAAAGAUACGAGAGUCAACGAAUUUUUUUUUUUUCCCAAUUCCUUUUCAACUGUGACAAUGUGCUUGAUCAUGAAGUUAUGGUGGAAUGUGCUUUUAAAAAAUUCUGAUAAGUCAAUUGUCGGUUAAAAUGGAGUCGAACAAAAAUUGUUGUGACGUGUGACUAAUUCAUGAGAAUGUGAAAAUGCCAUUGAACAUUUAUUAGCUGCGUAGUUUCGGAUUUACAAUGAGACGUGUGAUACUGCGUAACUAAUUUAUUUGUGAUUAUCGAUCUUCUCAUUGAAACAUUGUGCUCUGUAUCUGCAAUUGUCUCCCUCUCCUUCCACGAUUGUAACAAGUGCGAAGUUAGUGGUGUAAAAUUUUACCGCGUAUCUGAAUUAGAAUUGUUCGAAGUUAAACCGUACCUGCUUUUAAGGAUUACUAUUUAUUUUUUAUGUUUCAAUUUUUAUUGUUUUAUUAUUAGAAAUUGAUGAGCAGUGGAUGAUGAUGCGAGGGUUAAUCCAUAUUACGUGUGUAUAUUUGUACAAAUGAUGUUUUUUCUUUCUAGGAAAAUUAAUAUUAAUUCUUGCUCCUCUGUCUGUCCUCUAUUGACUUUUUUUUAUUAUGUUCAUCUUCAAUUUUCAUCUCCAGUGUUGAGAUAUCUGUAAAAUGUGUGAAUAAGGCGACAAAGUUUGAUCGAAGAUUAUGCAGGAGACGUUGUAAAGAAUUUGUAAAUAAUUUAUUCAUUGUAAAGUAUUAAGCAAUGUAUAUUUUUAGAAAAUAUAGAUUAUUAAUAUUAUUAAUAAUUAUUAAACAGAA